GCCUAGUUAGAAGUUUUGUACAAAGAAAAGAAAUAAACUAAGCCUACAAAAAUUGGAUCUACUACUCCUAAGAAAAAUCAAUCCUAACCUAACCCAAUAACUAAAAAUCACUUAAAUCCACCAGGCCUCAUUUCGUUACCCGCAAUGCCUAGCAUCUUACCUGAGGUAGCCUCCGCCAUUUUCCAGAUACUUGAUUACCCGGUAUCAGUUCCCAAGACAAUUUCAUUGACUACCUCUUCCUUUUUUAGUAUCCCUUUCGAGUUCCUCUCUUCUGUCUUUUCACAUGCCCUGUUUUUCAUCAUACCUUUUCAGCAACCAUUCUUUCAGCAAAUAUUUUCUCCGAUUGCUCCUUGGCGUCCCAUUUCUUCGUCUCCAUGCCUUUCAGGCCUUUCUUCUCUUUCAGUUGUUACCAGGGUCCUCUCAUCUUCCUCCAGUGCCAGUAGCGCCUUCCUCGAUAAUCGAUUCUCUAGUAUUUGUAUAUCUUGUAUGUAUGAACACAACACUGAGUGCAUCUCCUUCGAUGACUACUUGUUGGAGUCCUAGAUCUAAUCCCCUCUGUAUUGCCUGCAAAAGGGCUAGCGCCUCCGCCGCGAAUGCUGUAGGCCCCAUCGAAGUUUAUUUUGGUAAUACUAUGGUCCGGUGGUUUCCAACAUUCGCUGUCACUUUUCUACCCUAGAUAAUCCCUAAUCACAUGUUUCAAAGCCUCUGUUCCCUCCCUGUGUCUCGGACACAACGUUGAAUUACUGACUCUUUUGUAGUAUAGAAUUUCAAACCUAGGGAUAUAAUUGUUGUAUAUUUUCCAAUUUGCAAUGUAAUACCCAAACUAUAUUCGUCGCUGGAAUAGGGUUACGGAGCAUUAUCAGAGUUUAUAGAUCAAGUACAAACAUUUCAUAUCA